GACAAGAGAGAAAAACAACAAACAUGGCCGCCAAUUAAUUGGUUCUGGAAUCCGCUAUUUUUGUGGUCAAAGUUUAAUCAGAACGCUAUGAUAUCUUUUUUCUCUAAACUCUCGUUAAAUAAUACUUCUGCGCCUCCGGUGGAACUUGCUAAACCUGCUUAUAUGGACAAAAGUGCGACCUUACAAGAGCUGGGCUACAGAGAUGAGAACGACUUGAGAGAGACGAUCUACGACUUUUUGCGGACCAUUCGGGACCCGGAAAAGCCGAGUACUCUCGAGGAUCUAAAGGUCGUUUACGACGACGGGAUUUUUGUGAAAGAGCCGACGGCGGACAAAGUUCCCGUGGUGAGAGUGGAAUAUAAUCCCACAGUACCCCAUUGUUCGCUGGCGACGCUUAUCGGGUUGUGCAUAAGGAUAAAAAUACAACGUUCGCUGCACCAUCCUGUCAAACUGGAUAUUUAUAUCAAGAAAGGAGCCCACACUACUGAGGAUGAAAUUAACAAGCAGAUCAACGACAAGGAGCGGAUUGCGGCUGCAAUGGAGAACCCCAAUCUAAGCAACCUGGUCGAGAACUGCAUAGCUGACGAGGAGUAAAUCGUACAUCAAAUCAACACAAACUGUUUCUGUAUAUCUGUACAUAGUUCUAUAAAAAUGGCGCCCGACGUGGCAUUCUCAAAUAUAAGCGACAAAAACGAAUUCACAAAGUUUACAAAGUUCCUAGCUUAUAAAGGUGUGCAAGUGAUAGUGGAAUCUAGGAAAGGUGUUAAGAUUGAACCCAACUCUAAACCAACGACGCAGGAUUCCGAUUGGUUCAACCUCCAAAUACCUGAUUCUCCAGAAGUGAACCAAGCCACAAAGAAUGCUCUGCCAUCAGACAGAGUGCUGGAAACAAUUCGGUCUCAGCUCCACGUUGAAAUUUCAGUCCAAACCGAAGAUGGCGACGAGAUGGUACUUGAAUUGUGGACUCUGGAACUGGACGAAACUCAAUUCGACACCUCGUUGAAGGCUAUGAACACCGUGUACUUCAGAAUGGGCAUUCUUUUGAAGUCUCUCAUUACCACAACCAGAAUUACACCCGCAUAUCAUUUGUCCAGAAAACAAAGAACUGAAUCAUUCACAAUUUUCUACAGAGUCUACAAUGGAGAGCCUAAGACGAAGGCUCUGGGCGAACAUGUAAAGAAGGUCCAAGCGGGAUUGCUGAAGACGCCUUUAGGAGGGAUUGGCUUCUCAGUCGUGUACCGCACAAAUUUUUCCAUAUCACCAAACAAAAAAGAAAAGGACAAGACUUUGUUGCUGAAAAGUGACCAUUUUGAGCUGAGCCCCAAGCACGUGAUUUUCGAGUCCAAGAAGAAGAAAGAGGUAAAAGAAAAGGAGUUUAAGCCAUUGAAGCCUGUGGAUUUAAACAAGCCGUUGCGUCUUGCUGCGUUCACAGAUGAAGAGGUAGUCCGACGGGCUUUCGAAGAUUUUCUUGAGAAGUUUCCCGUCCCUAAAUUCAGGGUCCACGUCAAGUCAAAAAGUCCUGUACAAGACAUCCCAGUGGAGUCUAAAAGCACCCAGGAGUUGGACGUCACAAUGUUAUCCAAAAGUCCGACCUCUUUCGAGUCGCCUCCGAAAAAGUUUUCGGGUUUUCGGAACGAGCACGAACCUCCAUUGAAGCUCCUUUGUUUUCCGUUCGCCGAUAAUCAUCCUAUAAGGGAGUUGGCGGAGUUUUACAAGGAUUUCUUCAACGCUCCGCAUCUGAAACUGACCGAGGAUAUAAUCCCAAAGGCUAGGGACGACGACUCUUUGAAAGAAGAAGUCGAGAUGCUGAGUGAGGAUUUGUCUAAGGAUCUGGAGCUGUACGAAAGUUCUGUCCUGGAAUUUGACCAGCUGUUGGAGGAUAUGUGCAAGUCGGCAGAAUGGGGUGGCAAUUAGGGAUCAAUGGGCGGUGGACAUUUUCAAUAUGACGUUUGUUGUACUAUACAUUUGUAUUUCCAUAUUUUGUGACUGUGUUUUCUGUACAAAAUUUUAAGUAAAUGUUGAGAACCUAAAGAAGGUAGUAAAACUUGUUUCGGAUACUUAAAACAAAUUGUUCUUGAUAGGGAUGUGGACACCACUCAUAAUUAAUUCCAAGUAUCAUUAGAAAAAGUUGUAAAAAGUCGAGUUUCUAAAUGACUUUAUAAAAAAUCAUUAAUGGUUCGUCAUUUCCAAUGAAAGUGACGUCAUAAACCUGUAUAUUUAUAUUAAUUCUGUGAA